CUUAGCUCAACCUCCUCCAACAGCCCUCAACCUCCCACCUAGUGUGAAAAAUUGCAUCUGAUACGCAUCGCGAAUUACACACAAGAUGAAAAAAACUAAAAAUUUGCUACAAAAUUGAAUCAGAUGAACGAAUCAUUAUAAUUUGCUACUUGUAAUGUAUAUAAAAUAAGAGCUUAUGCUUACAUCAACAAGCUUAUAUGAGAUAAGUACUUAUUGUCAUUAGUGCUUAAAGAAGCUAUUCACCCAAACUGAACAAAGUGAAUCAAGUUUGCGGCACCUCAGUGAGCUUUGUAGUCUCUGUCAUCACCACCACUCCAUCACCCACCACUCAAACUCAAAAUGUUGCUGAAGCGUUGCACAUUUCAAUCCCAAUCCACGUUCCUCCCCGCUCCAAAUCUCAUCCUCUCGCGCCUCCUCAGCUCCACCCUCAACGACGGCGACGUACACAGAGUCAUGACCAUCAUCACCACCACUUCCUCGCCGGAAAACCUGCGACAAUCCCUCAAAUCAAGCGGCGUUUUCCUCUCAAACGAACUCAUCGACCAAGUCCUCAAAAGGGUCCGUUUCAGCCACGCAAACCCCUCCCAAACCCUCGAGUUCUACCGCUACACUGGCCGCAGAAAAGGGUUCUUCCACACCGCGUUUUCCCUCGACACCAUGCUCUACAUUCUCGGGAGAAGCCGCAUGUUCAACCAUAUCUGGGACCUUCUCAUCGAAGCGCGGUGGAAAGACCAAACUCUCAUCACCCCGCGCACUGUCAUGGUUGUCUUGGCCAGAACAGCGAAGGUUUGUUCUGUUAGACAAACUGUGGAGUUUUUCAGAAGGUUCAAGAAGCUGGUUCCUGAUUUUGAUACUAACUGUUUCAAUGCAUUGUUGAGAACUUUGUGUCAGGAGAAGAGCAUGACGGAUGCUAGAAACGUGUAUCAUAGUUUGAAGCAUCAGUUUCGGCCGAAUUUGCAAACGUUUAACAUUCUGCUUUCUGGGUGGAAGACCCCAGAGGACGCUGAGGUGUUCUUCAAGGAGAUGAGGGAGAUGGGGGUGACGCCUGAUGUUGUUACGUACAAUAGUUUGGUGGAUGUUUACUGCAAGGGUAGGGAGUUGGAGAAGGCCUAUAAGGUGCUCGAUGAAAUGCGUGAACGGGAUUUGUCGCCGGAUGUGAUUACAUACACGAGUAUAAUUGGUGGGUUGGGGUUGGUUGGUCAGCCGGAUAAAGCUAGAGAUGUUUUGAAGGAGAUGAAGGAGUAUGGCUGUUACCCUGAUGUCCCGGCGUACAAUGCUGCCAUUAGGAACUUUUGCAUUGCGAAGAGGCUUCGUGAGGCUUAUGAUUUGGUGGAUGAGAUGACGAGCAAAGGUUUAAAUCCGAAUGCUACUACUUACAAUUUGUUUUUCAGGAUUUUUUACUGGUCUAAUGAUUUACAGAGCUCCUGGAACAUGUACCAUAGGAUGAUGGGGUUGGGAUGCCAUCCGAAUACACAGUCUUGUAUGUUCUUAAUAAGGCUGUUUAAGAAGCAGGAAAAGGUGGAGAUGGCGCUGCAGCUAUGGGGUGACAUGGUGGAAAAGGGUUUUGGCUCCUAUACUUUGGUUUCUGAUGUGCUGUUUGACUUGCUUUGUGAUAUGGGGAAGUUGGGAGAAGCAGAGAAGUGUUUCUUGGAGAUGAUUGAGAAGGGGCAGAAGCCGAGUAAUGUUUCAUUUAGGAGAAUCAAGGUUCUCAUGGAACUAGCUAAUAGACAUGAGGCCCUUCAGAACUUGACACAGAAAAUGGCCGUGUUUGGGCGACCAGUCCAAGUUCGUGAAAGUAGACCAGUCCAAGUUCAUGAAAGUAGAGAGAGCGCGAUUGAUACUUAAGUUAUAGACUUAUAGCAUAACUUUUAACCCAUAAUUCUACUUCCAAUAGUCAUGACAAUGUGGAAGGAGGAGCAAGAGAUCUUGAUGUUGUGGCAGAAGUUGUAGGAAACAUGACUCAGGGAUCAGUCAUAUGAAUAUAUCUUUCAGAAUAUGUCGUGGAACGUGUGUGAAAGAUUCAAGAAACCUAGCUGACAAAAGAGGGUUGGACAAUUAUUUAGGUGAGCGGCAUUCUACAUAAUGGGGAUUUUUCUGGCUUCACUUAGACAGUGAUCAGCAUCAGCUGUAUGAACGUGUGAUCUAUGCUUCUAGGAAAAAAUGCACACGGGUUUUAAACAUUUUGCAUAAGAGAAGUGUUUGUAAGUGGUUGGCUUGUGAUGUUACUGUUAUAGCUAAUCUGUUACUCUUAACUUCUGGGAACUCAUACUUCAAGCUUACUACAUGCUCAUCAUGACUUAUAGGUCAGGAAAUAAAGAGGUGUUUCUUCCUUCUGAUACUUGCUGUUUCUUUCAUCCGUUUCUUUCUUCAUUCUAAUUCAGAUUAUGAGUCCAUAAAGUCUUUAGUCUAAUGAUUAUGAAAUUCCCAUUGCCAUCCGGAAAGCUGAAGGCUUAGGUACCAAACAUCCUAUUUCUAGUUUUAGGUCACUUAAGAAUGUAUCCGCUACUUUUAAUUCUUGCUCUUCAGAACAGACAGAAUCAUAAAUUCCAAAGGAUAUCCAUGAUGCUUUAAAGGUUCCUAAGUGGAAGCAAACUGUCUUAGAAGAUAUGAAGGCUCUUGAAAAAAUAAUCAAAUAUAGGAGGUGGUGGAAUUUCCUAAAGGAAAGAUAGCCUUGGGAUUCAUAACUAAGUACAAGUCAAGUGGAUCAAUUGAAAGGUAUGAUGAAGUCCAUGGGUUCCAAAGGCUUCACUUAGACCUGUGGAGUUGAUUACUUGUAGACUUUUGCGCACAUGUUAAAUUUUUAAUCAUAAAGAAUCAUAUUAUCCUUAGCUGCUGAUCUUGAUUGGCUUUUACAACAUCUAGAUGUGAAAACUACAUUUCUAAAUGGUGACUUGGAGGAGGAAGUGUACAUGGGCGCACGACACACCCCUUGGCUUUGGCUAACAUUUCAACCAAAAAGUAUGUUAGCUACGAAAGUCAUUGUAUGGAUUAAAGCAAGGUUGCUUCAAAAAGUUCACUUGGUUCAUUAAGGAAAAAAAAAGGCUAGUUGAUCAUACUAUGUUUGUAAGGUGAUCACCCAAAAGGUGUAUGUGGAUGAUAUAGUGCUCAAAAGAUAUUGUUU